UAUGGAGAGAGGGAUAAGAUUAAAAAUAUUUUUGUGAAAUAGCGUGUUCUGUCAUAUCGAGGCCGAUCUGAUGCGUGAAAGACGAUCGUAAAAAUAUCUCGGUGACUCGGAAUUAUCUGUAAUCGUCGAAGAUGCAUCGAGGUGAUUGGGAAUCGUGUGUUUCUCUGGUUUGUUGAUUUUAUGAUACCGCAUAAAGUAUCAUGGCGUCCAAGGGCCAUGUGGACAACACAGUGAAUGAACGUCGGCUGCGACCGAUUUACGACUGGUUGGAUAAUGGGAACAACAAAAAGGCCUUACAGGAGGCUGACAAGGUUCUAAAGAAGCACCCGACUAACCAAUGCGCUAGAGUACUCAAGGCUCUGGCCUUGUUGCGUAUGGGCAAAGAAAAUGAGUGUCAGGUCAUUAUGGAUAAAGUACGGUCCGAGGUACCUUGUGAGGAUUCCACCUUACAAGCAAUGAGCAUCUGUUACAGAGAGAUACAUCAACCAGACAAAGUCAGCGAGCUUUACGAGGCCGCUGCUAAGGCUGAUCCAAACAACGAAGAGCUCCUGACGCAUCUCUUCAUGUCAUACGUUCGCCUCGGCGAUUAUAAAAAACAACAACAAACUGCUCUUAAUUUAUAUAAACUGACUCAUAAAAACCCAUAUUAUUUUUGGGCCGUUAUGAGUAUAGUAAUGCAAGCUAUUCAUGCUGAUCAGAAAUUAGCGAAAGGAGUUAUCUUGCCUUUGGCAGAAAGAAUGGUCCUAAAACUAGUGAGAGAGGGAAAGAUAGAAGCGGAACAGGAGGUGCAACUUUAUCUGAUGAUUUUAGAAUUGCAAGACAAAAAUGAAGAAAUAUUAAAUGUACUGUCUAGUCCUUUAGCUUCAUAUGUUUCAUAUGUACCUCAACGAAAGGCUACAUGUUUAUUGAAGCUAGAAUGUUUUCCUGAAGCUGCUAACGCAUAUCGCGCUCUUAUUGAAGAGAACAUCGACAAUUGGGCUUUUUAUCAAAAUUAUCUUUCGGCGGCCUUAAAGUUUCAACGUCUGACAGAAUGCUUGGAUUUUUUUAAUCAUAUUAUUAAUAUGUCCGAGAAGAAAAUUCGCGCGCCAUACUUGGCCCGCUUAGAAUUAUUGAAGCGAUGUCAGACUGAGGAUCUGCAAUGUAGUAUGACUUCUAUGAAUUUUAUGCAUCAAUAUUUUUCUCAAUUUGGAGAAAAAGGAUGCGUAGUUGGAGAUUUACGAUUGUAUUUAAACCUACUCACACCCAAGUCCAAGUUCGAAUUAUUUGAAAAGAUUGAGGAAGAUAUUGGUAUUGCACCAAACGAGUUUCCAACUACAGUACAACAAAUGCAGAGGCAUAUUCAUUUGGAGCAAUUACGGCGUAUUUGUGGCUUCCAUCAUCCUCCCUUGGCAGAUAGAGAUAAACAAAAACAAUUGAUAAAGCGAUUAUGUGAUUUGUAUGAGAAAGGCAAUGAAUUGUGUCCAAUGCAAGAUAGAUUGCCAACUGAUUUUUGUCCAGCAGAUCCAUACAUUCUAUUAGCUACGCAUUUAUUACAUCAAUUAUGGGUUGAUACUAAUGAUGCAUCUUUUCUUUAUAGGGCAAUGUCAUUAUUGGAACAUGGUCUUCAGUCGAGUCCUGUAAAUUUUCACAUCAAAAUUUUGCUUGUGCGUAUUUACUUGGAAGCUGGUUUAGUGGUUGCAGCUGAUCAUGCAUUUACAUCACUUGAUGUAAAACACCUUCAAUUAGAUUCACUAGGUUAUCUUUAUGCGCCGCUUCUCGCGCCUCUCGGUAACUUGCCUCUGGCCUCCACAACUCUUGAUCAUACAGCGAAAUUUUUCAUAGCCAACUAUAAGGAUAGUGCGGAUCACUUAACACUUGCGUACAAAUAUGGAAGUUUUAUAAAAAUUCAAGAUUUUGUGGAGUUAAGGGAACGCCUAGAAAAUUCAUUUCAUUUUGUUAUGACAACUGUAGAUAAAAUGCUCCUCGAUUUGUGUUGGGCUGACAGUACUGCCUCUUUGUUCUCUACAUUGAAUAUACAUAUGCAUAUGCCAUGCAUACAACCUCAUCUCGAUCCGAUUAAAUUGGCAUCUUUGCGAGAUAAUCGUGAUUUGGAGGUUGUUCGCGGAUGGGAACCAAUUAAUCAGAACGAGGAUGAUCCGAGAAUGCAGGAGGAGACACGCAUAUGUAUGUUAAAAUUACUUUUGGCGAGAAAUGCCAUAUUGCGCAUUUUAGCAGCGAGUGCCGGAUCAUCAUCUAUUUAUCUUUCUCAAAUAUCUGACGAGCUUAAAGAAUUAGCAGAAGAAACUAUACCGAAUAUAUUACAAAAAUUUGGCACAGAUGGAAAACGGACCAGACCGUGCAAAAUAUUGGUUCCAUUUGAUGCUGUAGAAAGAUUGCGCGAAGCUUAUCAUUCUGAGCAAUUAAGGACUAUAGCGUGCCUUGCAAAAUCACUUUCUUACUCUCAUUGUCCGGACUUGGAUUGUAUACAAAUGUUACGAACGACUCCUUGUUUACAGACAUUACCUAUUCCUGAACGAGAUAUACCUGUAUCUUUUAAAAACUUCUUACUCAGAGCUUCAACUUGUAGCGAAUCUUUAGCGAUUAUUAGCGCUAUAUGCAGUGCAUAUGCGAUACAAUCGGAGCCACGCGCACAAUCACAAAAGAAAAAUAAGAAGAAAUAUAAUAAAAAAAUCGAAUCAAAUAUGAUAAACGAGACCAAUGAGACCAAGGUUUGGCGAGAAGUAGCUGUGUUACUAUCAGAGAGAGUCGAAAAUUUAGAUGCGGUCCUAACUGAAUUUGAAAAAUAUGAGUUAUACACAGGAUUGGAUGAGAAUGAUGUAUGUGUCACUAUUAUAAAACGCGGACAAGCGAGUCUCCGACAAAGUUGCAGAGCCCUCAAAUCUCGCACUCAGCCCAUAUUAAGGCUUUUAAGCAAUUUAAAGAGCUGAAAUUAUUCGACAGUAUAUUUGUACAAAGAACAAUUAUAUCCGUCUACUUUUCAUAAUUUUCAAAAAAUGACUUGAGAGUUCUGUACAUAAUUCUUAGUCUCAAUUCAAUUAUAAAUAAUGAAUGAAUGAUUUAAUGCUGUUUAAAAUACCUGAGCCUACUUUCAUUUUUAUGAAAAAUACUGUGCAGUCAUUUGAAUACACUGCCAUUUGAUCAGCUUACAACUAACACAUUCUUUUAA